CUCUCCAUCAGUCUGUACCCUGGACGGCGCCGGAGCAAACCUCUCCUCCGUGCCCCCCUCUGCCCUCUCCAUCCCGAGGAGCCGAGCAGCCGCGCGGCGGGGAACCCGGGACCCGGCUGGAAAAUGCUCCUCCCGCAGCGCUUCCUGUCCUGGGUGCAGCUGCUCUGCGUGUGCCGUCUGGAUUGGGCUUAUGGAUACUACAGACAACAGAGAAAACUUGUUGAAGAGAUCGGAUGGUCCUAUACAGGAGCACUGAAUCCAAAAAACUGGGGAAAGAAAUAUCCAACAUGCAAUAGCCCCAAGCAGUCGCCAAUCAAUAUUGAUGAAGAUCUUACACAAGUAAAUGUGAAUCUUCGGAAACUUAAAUUUCAGGGUUGGGAUAAACCAUCUUUGGAAAAUACGUUCAUUCAUAAUACUGGGAAAACAGUGGAAAUUAAUCUCACAAAUGACUAUAGACUCAGUGGAGGGGUUUCUGAAAUGGUCUUUAAAGCAAGCAAGAUAAUAUUUCACUGGGGAAAAUGCAAUAUGUCAUCUGAUGGAUCAGAACACAGUUUAGAAGGACAGAAAUUUCCACUUGAGAUGCAAAUCUACUGUUUUGAUGCUGACCAGUUUUCGAGUUUUGAUGACGCAGUUAAAGAAAAAGGAAAGUUAAGAGCUUUAUCGAUUUUAUUUGAGGUUGGAUUGGAAGAAAAUUUGGAUUACAAACCAAUUAUUGAUGGAAUUGAAAGUGUUAGUCUCUUUGGGAAACAGGCUGCCUUAGAUCAAUUUAUAUUGUUGAACCUUCUGCCGAACUCAACUGACAAGUAUUACACUUACAAUGGCUCACUGACCUCUCCUCCGUGCACCGACACUGUGGACUGGAUUAUUUUUAAAGAUACAGUUAGCAUCUCUGAAAGCCAGUUGGCUGUUUUUUGUGAAGUUCUUACAAUGCAGCAGUCAGGUUACGUCAUGCUGAUGGACUAUGUGCAAAAUAAUUUUCGAGAACAACAGUACAAAUUCUCUAGGCAGGUGUUCUCCUCAUAUACUGGAAAGGAAGAGAUUCAUGAAGCAGUUUGUAGUUCUGAACCGGAAAACGUUCAAGCUGAUCCAGAGAAUUAUACCAGCCUUCUGGUGACAUGGGAGAGACCUCGAGUCGUUUAUGAAACCAUGAUUGAGAAGUUUGCAGUUCUCUACCAGCAAUUAGAAGGGGAAGACCAAACCAAGCAUGAAUUUCUGACAGAUGGUUAUCAAGACUUGGGUGCUAUUCUCAACAAUUUACUGCCCAAUAUGAGCUAUGUUCUUCAAAUAGUAGCUAUAUGCACAAAUGGCUUAUAUGGAAAAUACAGUGAUCAGCUAAUUGUGGACAUGCCUUCCAAUGACCCUGAACUUGACCUCUUUCCUGAAUUAAUUGGGACUGAAGAAAUUUUCAAGGAGGAAGAAGAGGGGCAAGACAUGGAAGAAGACGCUGAUGUGAACCCUGGCGGAGAUGCUACCACCAACCAGAUAAGGAGAAAGGAACCCCAGUUUCCUGCCACAACAAACUCCAACCGUGUAGGCACUCAGUCCAAUGAGGCCAAGACAAACCGAUCUCCGACGAGAGGAAGUGACUCCUCUGCAAAAGCAGAUGUUCCCAAUGCACCUUUAUAUUCCACUUCUCCCCCUGUCACUGAAUCUGCCCCAGAAAAAGAGGUUUCCCCCACUUUCCAGAUAGUGACAAAACCACUACCUUCCACGCUGGAGGGCACUUCUGACUCUUUAAAUGACAACUCAAAAACUGUCGUCAGGUUCCCACAGGUGAAUUUGUCUGGGACUGUGGAGUCUUUCGAUACAGUUUCUAUAACAGACUCCCAGGAAGUGUCUACUGAUAUCAGUGGGGAAGAUAAUUUAUUGACCAGUUUCAAGCAGGAUACAGGACCUGAGGAUUCCUCUGGCUCAAGUCCUGUAACUUCUCCUCUCCCCUUCAGCUCUGAAACUAUAUCCCAAGGGUAUGCUUUUUCCUCAGAAAACCCAGAGUCAAUCACCUAUGAUGUCCUUUUACCAGAAUCUUCCAGAAAUGCUUCAGAAGGUUCGGCCUCUUCAGGUUCAGAAGACUCUCUAAAGGAUCCUUCCAGUGAUGGAAAUGUGUGGUUUCCCAGCAGUAUCGAUGGGACCACACAGCCCGAAGUUGGGUCGGGGAGAGAGAGAUUUCACCAGACUAAUUACACUGAGAAAUAUAUCGAUGAAGCUGAGAAAACCACUGAAUCCUCCUCCCCAGGUCCACUGGUAUCGCAGGUUCCGUCAGACACAGAUCUGGAAAUGCCACCUUUUUCAACUUUUACCUACUUCCCCACAGAGGUCACCCCUCAUGCUUUCACUCCGUCCUCUGGACAGCAUGAUUUGGCUCCCACGGUCAACAUGGUACAUUCGCAGACCACUCAACCAGUCUACAAUGGUGAGCCACCUCUUCAACCUUCCUACAGUAGUGAAGUCUUUCCUCUAGUCACCCCCCUGUUGCUUGACAAUCAGAUCCUCAACACUACCCCUGCUGCUUCGAGUAGUGAUUCGGCCUUGCAUGCUGCGCCUGUAUCCCCCAGUGUUGAUAUGUCAUUUGAAUCCAUCCUGUCUUCCUCUGAGGGUGCACCUCUGCUUCCAUUUUCCUCUGCUUCCUUCGGUAGUGACUUGUUUCACCAUCUGUAUACAGCUUCUCAAAUCCUUCCGCAAGCCACUGCAGCUAUUGAGAGUGAUAAGGUGUCCUUGCAUGCGUCUCUGCCAGUGGCUGGGGGUGAUGCGCUCUUAGAGCCCAGCCUUGCUCAAUAUUCUGAUGUGGUGUCUCAUCAGACCACUGUGCGUGCAGCUCCAGAGACAUUGGAGUUUGGUGGUAGUGAAUCUCAUAGCCUCUAUCAAACGCUAAUGUUUUCUCAAGUUGAAGCAUCCAGCAGUGAUGUCAUGAUGCAAACCCGAUCUUCAGGGCCCAAACCCUCUUAUGUCUUAUCUCAGGAUGAGGGCUCCCACCCUCUCGGCAGUGUUCCUUACAGUUCUGGGAUACCUGUGCGUGAUCCUGUAGAUGUAACUCAUCAGGGUGCCGUGUUUAGCAGCCUUAGCCACAUGCCAGUGCCCAAGGCUUCAUUCAUUACCCCUUCUGCUUCACUGCUGCAGCCGACUCCUGGCCUCUCCGGUGAUGGGGAGUGGUCCGGAGGUUCCUCUGACAGUGAAUUUCUUUUGCCUAACACAGAUGGUAUGACAGCAGUUAAUAUUUCUUCACCCCUGUCUGUAACUGAAUUUACAGCCUCUGUAUUUGGUGAUGAAAUUAAGCCGCUUUCUAAAAGUGACAUAAUCUAUGGAAGUGAGACUGAACUGAAAAUGUCUUCUUUCAGUGAGAUGAUUUACCACUCUGAAAGCACAGCUGUGCCUGACCUAUAUGAGCAUGUCAGUAAGCUGAAGGCAUCUGUACAAGAAUCCCCUGUUUCCAUUGCUAGUACAAGGGGUAAAACUCCCGGCACUCUUCCUUAUACUGCCACUAAGGUUUUUGAUCAUGAAAUUAGUCAAGUUCCAGAAAUAUUCUUUUCUAUUCAGCAUACGCAGGCUGUCUCGCAAACAUCUGGUGACACGCCAUUUAAGCCUGCGCUUAGCACAAGCUCAGAAUCAAAUUCCUCUGGCCCUGCUUCUAGUGAAAUGUUAUCUCCUUCAACUCAGCUUUUAUUUUAUGAGGCCUCAGCUUCUUUUAAUACUGAAGUCUUGCUGCAACCUUCCUUGCAGGCCUCUGGUGUUUACACCUUGCUUAAAACUGCUCUUCCAACUGUGCCUAGUGAUCUAACAUUGGUUGAAACCUCCGAGGUUGAUCAAAUUAGUUCUCCGAUAUUGCAUCUCAUGGCAUCAAAUUCUGCUUCAAAUGAAAACAUGCUGAGCUCUGCGUCUGUACCGGUGUUUGUCGUAUCGCCUACUUCUGUUACGCUCGCUGCCUCGCAUCAAAGUGUAACCAUUCCUUACACGAGUGAGAAAUAUUUUGAACCCGUGUUGUUUAAAAGCAAAAAUUCCCAGCAAGUGGUACCUUCAUUGUACAGUCAUAAUGAAUUGUUCCAGUCCACCAAUUUGGAGACUAACCAUGCUUUUCCAACCAAAGGAAGGCAUGGAUUGGCCACUCCCAUUUUAUCCAUCAGUGUACCACCAAAUACGCAUAUUGAUAAGCGUUUAUAUCCUGAUGAACUUUUCACCUCCACCCAAGGUUCUAUUCCCAAUGAGGUGUUUGCUGGUACCCCAACAGUUGUUUCUGAAACACUUGUAACUGCUGAUCAUUCUGUUCCUGUAGGAAAUGUGUAUGUUUCCAUGUCUGCUGUUUCUCCCAACAGUGAUGGUUCCGUGAGCACAACCAAGUGGCAGUUUCCUUCUAAAACAGCUGAGCCGAUGCAUGGAGUCAGAUCUGACACUGAAGGGGGUGGUGGUGACAAUAGUGAUGAUGAUUAUGGUGAUGAUGGGGAUAAUGACAGAGAUGGCAAUGGCUUACCCGUAAAUAAAUGUAUGUCAUGCCUCCCCUAUAGAGAACCACAGGAAAAGGUCAUGAAUGACUCAGAGACCCAGGAAAACAGUCUUGUGGAUCAAAAUAACCCAGUCUUAUCUAUAUAUUCUAAGAAUGCUGAAGAAGAAAGUACAGUAACAGGUACCACCUCAGACAGUCAGACUGAUAUGGUCAGUUCUGAUAAAUCACCAACAGAUACGCUACACCAGUACCACAAUGUUGAGAAAGACGAAAAUGAUAUCCAAACUGGGCUUGGCCUUCUUCCUUUCACCCCACAAUCUAAAGCCUGGGGGAAAAUUCUUACAAGCGAUGAAGAAAGUGGAUCAGGGCAAACUACCUCAGGUAGCCUUAAUGAUAAGGAGACUUCCACAGAUUUCAGUUUUCCAGAAGUUAAUGAAAGAGAUGCCAAUGGGGUCCUGGAACCAGGGGACUCAGAAUUAAUCCCGGGGUCCUCAGAGUCCUCGACAUCAACUAUUACUAGUAGGCACUCAGAAGUGUUCAACAUUUCAGAAGCAGAGGCCAGUAAUAGUAGCCAUGAGUCUCGUAUUGGUCUAGCUGAGGGCUUGGAAUCCGAGAAGAAGGCAGUUAUACCUCUUGUGAUCGUGUCAGCCCUGACUUUUAUCUGUCUAGUGGUUCUUGUGGGUAUUCUCAUCUACUGGAGGAAAUGCUUCCAGACUGCACACUUUUAUUUAGAAGACAGUACAUCUCCUCGAGUAAUAUCCACACCUCCAACACCUAUAUUUCCAAUUUCAGAUGAUGUUGGAGCAAUUCCAAUAAAGCACUUUCCAAAGCAUGUUGCAGAUUUACAUGCAAGUAGUGGGUUUACUGAAGAAUUUGAGACACUGAAAGAGUUUUACCAGGAAGUGCAGAGCUGUACUGUUGAUUUAGGUAUUACAGCAGACAGCUCCAACCAUCCAGACAAUAAACACAAGAACCGAUACAUAAAUAUCGUUGCCUAUGAUCAUAGUAGGGUUAAGCUUGCACAACUUGCUGAAAAAGAUGGCAAACUGACUGAUUAUAUCAACGCCAAUUAUGUUGAUGGGUACAACAGACCAAAAGCUUACAUUGCUGCCCAAGGACCGCUGAAAUCCACAGCUGAAGACUUCUGGAGAAUGAUAUGGGAGCAUAAUGUGGAAGUUAUUAUCAUGAUAACCAACCUGGUAGAGAAAGGAAGGAGAAAAUGUGACCAGUACUGGCCUGUGGAUGGUAGUGAAGAGUAUGGAAACUUUCUGGUCACUCAGAAAAGUGUCCAAAUUCUUGCUUAUUAUACUGUGAGGUAUUUUACUCUAAGAAACACAAAAAUUAAAAAGGGCUCCCAGAAAGGAAGGUCCAGUGGGCGUGUGAUUACACAGUACCACUACACGCAGUGGCCUGACAUGGGUGUCCCUGAGUACUCACUGCCCGUGCUGACCUUUGUGAGAAAGGCCUCCCAUGCCAAGCGCCAUGCAGUAGGACCUGUUGUUGUCCAUUGCAGCGCUGGAGUUGGACGAACAGGCACAUAUAUUGUGCUAGACAGCAUGUUACAACAACUUCAACAUGAAGGAACUGUCAACAUUUUUGGCUUUUUAAAACACAUCCGUUCACAGAGAAAUUAUUUGGUUCAAACUGAGGAACAGUAUGUCUUCAUUCAUGAUGCUCUGGUUGAGGCCAUUCUUAGUAAAGAAACGGAGGUGCCGGACACUCACAUUCACGCCUAUGUCAAUGCACUCCUCAUUCCAGGACCAACAGGCAAAACAAAGCUGGAAAAGCAAUUCAAGCUCCUGAGUCAAUCAAAUAUACAACAGAGUGACUACUCGACAGCACUGAAGCAGUGCAACAGGGAAAAGAACAGAACUUCUUCCAUCAUCCCUGUGGAAAGAUCAAGAGUUGGCAUUUCAUCUUUGAGUGGGGAAGGCACGGACUACAUCAAUGCCUCCUAUAUCAUGGGCUAUUAUCAGAGCAAUGAAUUCAUCAUAACCCAGCAUCCCCUUCUCCAUACCAUCAAAGAUUUCUGGAGGAUGAUAUGGGACCAUAAUGCCCAGUUGGUAGUUAUGCUUCCUGAUGGUCAAAACAUGGCAGAAGAUGAAUUUGUUUACUGGCCAAAUAAAGAUGAGCCUAUAAAUUGUGAGACUUUUAAAGUCACUCUUAUGACCGAAGAACACAAAUGUCUUUCUAAUGAAGAAAAACUUAUAAUUCAAGAUUUUAUCUUAGAAGCUACACAGGAUGACUAUGUACUUGAAGUGAGGCAUUUUCAGUGUCCCAAAUGGCCCAAUCCAGAUAGCCCUAUUAGUAAAACUUUUGAACUUAUAAGUAUUAUUAAAGAAGAAGCUGCCAGCAGGGAUGGACCGAUGAUUGUUCAUGAUGAACAUGGAGGAGUGACUGCGGGAACUUUCUGUGCUCUGACAACCCUUAUGCACCAACUAGAAAAAGAAAAUUCUAUGGAUGUGUACCAGGUAGCCAAGAUGAUCAAUUUGAUGAGGCCAGGAGUCUUUGCUGACAUUGAGCAGUAUCAGUUUCUCUAUAAAGCGGUCCUCAGCCUGGUGAGUACAAGGCAAGAAGAGAAUCCAUCCACCUCUCUGGACAGUAAUGGCGCAGCGUUGCCUGAUGGAAAUAUAGCUGAAAGCCUAGAAUCUUUAGUUUAACACCACAAGGGUACAGGGGAGUCUAUAUCUGAACAUUGUUUUCCUCUUCCAGAAAUUAGACUGCAAAGUCAGUUCAGUUCUUCUGUUAUGUUUACUUCUCAUCAUCUGACUGUAACUUUCAGACCUAGAAUUCUGCUGCCAAAUUGACAUCAUUAACAAUGUGUGCCUUUUUGAAAAACUUCUUGUAAUUUACUUUUUGUGUUUAAACUAAAGGAAUAGAAUUUUACAGUGUUUCUUAAAAAAUGGAAUUGUGAUAUUUUUUUCAUAGUGGUUUUAACAGAACGUUACAAUUUAUAGGUGUUAGGACUUCCAAAUAGAAAAUGUGUUUGUUUUUAGUGUUAGAUUUUUAGUUGUAUUUGUAACCAUCAUUGGGUUUGCUAUAACUUUUAAUAAGGUAGAUUGUAAAUAAAAUGCUUUGUUCCCUAUAAUAGUCAACAUUUUACAACUGCAGUAUUCACUUAAAAUAGAUAUAAUCUCAUACUGUAAAUACUGAUAUAGUGUCUUUGUGGACCAAAUUUAUAUUUAUAAUUGUAGAUUUUUAUACUUUACUACUGAGUCAAUUUUCUAGUUCUGUGUUGUAGUUUAAUGGUGUAGUUACCUUUCUCUUACACCUCAAAUCUUCUGAUAUUGUUUUUUGUUAUCUCAGUGAUUAAAUGUUUUGACAUGUAAUUUUAACUAUGGAAAAUAGAAAAAUAUAUUUGUUUUAAAGAUGUUUAUGAGAAUAACACCUUCCUUACCCAACCUUCUAAAAAUAAUUUUUAUCAAAUCAUUGUAAAAAUAAAUAUAAAUAUUGCCAUCA